AUGGCCGCUGGGGGUACCUACGUUGCAUACAAGGUCGAGCAAGCUCAGCAGUAUACCACAGACAGAUUCACUGCUUUCAAAGAUUUCACCAGUGACCUUUUCGAUAAGACCGGUGAUGCCUUCAAGGGGCUUGGCGGCAAUAAAGAGUCAGGGUCAGAAGGCGGAGGUAGUGGAGGAGACGGCGGCUCAGAUGCAGCUGCGGUAGGUGCCACAGCAGCCGCUGUUGGAUUAUCCACUGAUGAAGAAGAGACCGCUGCGGAAGAUGAGGAAGUCGAGGAAGAUGAGGAGACUCUCAUUGACCAGGAUGACGAUGAGCCUCUAGAUCUAGAGAAUGAUGAAACGACUGAUGACAUGCUUAAUUUAACCAGACAAAUGAUAGAGAUCAGAAACAUACUCACAGCUGUGGACCCCCAAUCAGAGACCCUUAAACUUCCACUGAUCGUUGUUGUGGGUUCUCAAUCUAGCGGUAAGUCUUCCGUCUUGGAGGCUAUUGUUGGCCAAGAGUUCUUGCCUAAAGGUAAUAACAUGGUCACUAGACGCCCCAUCGAGCUCACCUUGAUCAAUUCUCCUGAUUCAGCCAGUGAGACAGCGGAAUUUCCAGCUUUGAAGUUGUUCAACCUCUCGGAUUUCACACAAGUUCAAAAGACUUUGUUUGACUUGAACAUGGCCGUUCCUUCUACCGAAUGCAUAUCGAAUGACCCCAUUCAGAUGACAAUUAGGUCACCGAAAGUGCCAGACCUUUCCUUGGUUGAUUUGCCGGGGUACAUCCAGGUGGAAGCAGCUGAUCAGCCGGUUGAACUCAAGCAGAAGAUCAGAGCUCUCUGUAACCGGUACUUGGAGGCGCCCAAUAUCAUCUUGGCCAUUUCUGCAGCAGAUGUGGAUUUGGCAAAUUCAUCUGCUUUGCGAGCUGCAAAGAUGGCUGACCCCAUGGGCGAAAGAACUCUUGGUGUCAUUACUAAGCUUGACUUGGUAGAGCCAGAGAAGGCUCGUGCGAUUUUGCUUAAUAGAAAGUACCCCUUGAGAAUGGGUUACGUUGGCGUUAUUACAAGAGCUCCCAACUCUGGCAAAUCUGGAUCCGGCUUGUUCAGCAGGAAAGUCAUCAGUGGCUUCCAAGCCUACGUCGCUCAACAAAACUUUGAGUAUCAAUUCUUGAAGGAGAAUAAAGAUGCCUUUAUUGGUACAGUGACAGGAUCGAGAAAUCUUAAAAAGAAGCUCAUGAAGGUCCUCGAAAAGUCUAUGUCGGCUUCGUUAAGGCCUACUCACCUCGCUAUCCAACUGGAAUUGGAGGAAACUGCUUACCAGUUUAAGGUCGAGUUCAAUGACCGUUCCCUUACUCCGCAAAUGUACCUUGCGAACAACAUCGAUUUAUUGAAAGUCGCUAUAAAGGAGCUCAGUCAAAAAUUCUCAAGAAAUGAAUUGAAGGCCCUUUUGAAGAAUGAACUUGAUCAAAAAGUUUUGGACCUCCUUGCCGAGAGGUACUGGAACAAGCCCUUCGAAUUGAAGGGUGCGGAUGGUUAUGCAUCUGCUGAACCAGAUUUGAGGGAACUCUCUCAGCUUCUGUCUGUUGAUGAGGAAAGCUACUGGCACAAGAAGCUUGACUUGGCUACUAGCUCUUUGACAAAACUUGGUGUUGGAAGACUUUCGACAGCUAUGUUGACGGAAGCAAUUGUCACUGAGAUCAACAACUUGGUCGAAAAAACACAAUUGGCUAAUCAUCCAAUGGCAAGGAAGGCCGUCGAGGACGCAGCAAAAUCUGUAUUGAAGUCAAAGUACUAUUCAACUGCAGAUCAAGUCGAGAAUUGUAUCAAACCCUACAAGUAUGAGGUGGAAAUUGAGGACAGAGAAUGGAAUUCCAGCAAAGAAUCAGCCGUUGACCUCCUCAAGGAAGAGCUAAGACAGUGUGAUAAUGUCUAUGGGGCUCUACGAAAGCUGGUUGGUGGGCGCAAACUACAGCAGAUUGUGACUUACUUGGAAAAGCUUAAUGGCGAGAGACGAACCGAGAUCGACGAUAAUAACGAGACGCUUGGGUUCUCAAAAACCUUGAUCGAGAGGGGCAAGUACGCCAUUUUCCUCAAGGAGAGAAUGAAGCUUUUAAAGAUGCGUUACUCUUUCAUCAAGAACCUGAAGAAGUGCAAGGUCAAGGACAACAAAUACCAAUGCCCAGAAAUUUUCAUGGAUGCUGUGUCUUCGAAAUUGACAUCCACCGCGAUUUUGUUCUUGAACGUGGAACUAUUGAGUGACUUUUACUAUAACUUUCCAAGAAAGCUAGAUGAAGAGUUCUUUGGUAACUUGAGUCGUGAACAGAUGGAAAGUUUUGCCAAAGAAGACCCCAAAAUCAGAAAGCAUAUCGAACUACAAGAGAGGAAAGAUCUUUUGGAGGAAGCAAUGCGCAAGAUCGAAGGCAUCUUGGCUUUCCAGAGGCAUAAGGUUGACGAGAAGCCACAGGGUAAGUGGUGGUCAUAA